ACUCUAUAUUGACUGUGUGUGUAAAGGUCUAUAUGUAUAUACACACUUUCGUAUUGACUAAAUUCUCUCCCAAAAAUUCCAUUUUUGAUUACUAUUACUACAUAAUUACAUACAUUACAUUGGUGAAUAUAUAUACACAUACACAAAGCAGCUUCCUUUUCAUUUUAAUUUGUCUUCUUAAAAGCCCAUUGUUUUAUACUGGGCUUAGCACACUGAAGAAACAUGAGAUUCCUCCAACUGUUUGGCUAUGUAGUUUUUAUGUUUAAGGUGUUACUUAUCGUAUCUAUAGUAAAUGCAGAAAGGUCUUUAGCUGCUAAUGCCACAUUGAGAGAAAGGCAUUCCGAAGAAUAUUGUGCCAUGUAUGACAUCUGUGGAGCACGCAGUGAUGGGAAAGUAGUGAAUUGUGCUUUCAGUUCCCCAUCUUUUAAGCCAGAUGAAUUACUUUCAGCAAAGAUUCAAAGUUUGUGCCCCACUAUUACUGGAAAUGUCUGUUGUACAGAGGUUCAGUUCGAGACUUUGCGAUCGCAAGUCCAACAAGCAAUCCCUUUUCUUGUAGGAUGUCCAGCAUGCUUGAGAAAUUUUUUGAAUUUAUUCUGUGAGCUUACAUGUUCUCCCAAUCAAAGUCAGUUUAUCAACGUGACUUCCAUUUCCAAGGUCGGAAAUAAUUCGACUGUGGAUGGAAUUGACUUUUACAUCACUGACACUUUUGGUGAAGGAAUGUUUGAAUCCUGCAAGGAUGUAAAAUUUGGUACUAUGAAUACUCGAGCAAUAGAAUUCAUUGGUGCUGGUGCUAAAAAUUUUAGAGAGUGGUAUGCUUUUAUUGGUAGAAAAGCACCGCUUGGUGUGCCGGGAUCACCGUAUGCUAUUAAUCUUUCGCCUAAUGCCCCCGAGUCAUCUGGAAUGAAACCUAUGAACGUGUCGACAUAUUCAUGUGGUGACACUUCCUUAGGCUGUUCAUGUGGUGAUUGUCCUUCAUCUCUGGCCUGCUCAAAUUCAGCACCUUCUUCCCCUAACCAGGAAAAUUUGUGUUCAGUGAGAGUAGGGUCUCUUAAGGCAAAAUGUGUUGAUGUUGCUGUUACAAUAUUGUACAUUAUAUUGGUUUCUGCGUUUCUUGUGUGGGGUUUCGUCCAUAGAAAAAGAGGAAGGAUUUCUGUUUCUAGAAAAAAACCAUUAGUUAAUGUCACCAAUGGUGGUGUUGUUCGUCAAGUAAACAAGCAGAAGGAUGACGAUAUCCCAAUGCAGAUGCUUGAGGACGUUCCCCAAAUUUCUAAUGGCAUUCAACUUUCAAUUGUGCAAGGAUACAUGUCAAAGUUUUACAGGAGAUAUGGAACAUGGGUUGCUAGGAAUCCAAAACUCGUGCUGUGUUCAUCAUUGGCUACUGUUCUUGUGCUUUGCUUAGGUCUUAUUCGUUUCCAAGUAGAGACAAGGCCUGAGAAGCUAUGGGUUGGCCCCGGGAGUAGAGCUGCCGAAGAAAAACAAUAUUUUGACAACCACCUUGCCCCUUUUUACAGAAUCGAGCAGCUCAUAAUAGCAACAAUCCCAGGAACGGGUGGAAAAGCACCGACCAUUGUGACAGAAAACAAUAUUAAGUUACUGUUUGAUGUCCAGAAAAAGGUAGAUGCUAUCCAAGCUAAUUUCUCUGGUAAGAUGGUAUCUCUGACUGACAUUUGCAUGAAGCCCCUGGGCAAAGAUUGUGCUACUCAGAGUGUUCUUCAGUAUUUCAAGAUGGAUCCUGCAAACUAUGAUGGUUUUGGGGGUCUUGAACAUGUUGAAUAUUGCUUUCAGCAUUAUACUUCAGCGGACAGGUGCAUGAGUGCAUUUAAAGCUCCACUUGAUCCAAGCACUUCUCUGGGUGGUUUCUCUGGAAAUAACUAUUUGGCGGCUUCUGCAUUUAUUGUGACAUAUCCUGUCAACAACGCAAUUGAUAAGGAAGGGAAUGAUACUAAGAGGACAGUGGCAUGGGAGAAAGCCUUCAUCCAGCUAGCAAAGGAGGAACUCUUGCCAAUGGUCCUGGCUAAAAAUUUAACACUCACAUUUUCAUCAGAAAGUUCAAUUGAGGAAGAACUAAAAAGAGAAAGUACUGCAGAUGCUAUUACAAUCUUGAUAAGCUAUCUUGUAAUGUUUGCUUACAUAUCUUUGACUCUGGGAGAUACUCCUCGUUUCUCCUCUUGCUAUAUCACAUCUAAGGUAUGUUUUUAUGGAAAACCCUUUGGUGUGUUUGCAUUUAUCUGUGAGAUCUUCUUGGGUCUGUUUGGGAGAGAUUUUUCCAACUUAAAAAUAAAUUUUUUUUUGGUAGAAUGUAUGUCUAAAAACCCUAACUGGAAUAAAAAAUGGAUCUUCUCAUGGUGUCCUAAGAAGUGGCGUGAAUGGAUAUAUCUUCUCUCCUUGCAGGGUUACUUUAAUAAUUUAUCUGAGUAUCUCCGAAUUGGACCACCACUGUACUUCGUUGUGAAAAAUUACAACUAUAGUUCAGAAUCAAGACAAACCAACCAGCUUUGCUCUAUUAGCCAAUGUGAUUCUAAUUCUCUUUUAAAUGAGAUUGCAAGAGCUUCUUUAGUACCGGAGUCGAGUUACAUUGCAAAACCUGCAGCUUCGUGGCUUGAUGAUUUUCUUGUUUGGAUCUCUCCGGAUGCUUUUGGAUGCUGUAGGAAAUUCACAAAUGGGAGUUAUUGUCCCCCUGAUGAUCAGCCUCCUUGUUGUUCGUCAAGCGAUGGAUCCUGUGGCCUCAGCACAGUGUGCAAGGAUUGCACAACGUGUUUCCGACACUUAGAUUUACAAAAUGCCCGUCCAUCCACGGCGCAAUUUAGGGGGAAGCUUCCGUGGUUCCUCAGUGCUUUACCUUCUUCUGAUUGUGCAAAAGGCGGAAAUGGGGCUUAUACAAACAAUGUCGAGCUUAAAGGCUACAAGGAUGGAAUCAUUCAAGCAUCAGCAUUUCGUACAUAUCACACACCACUUAAUAAACAAUCUGAUUUUGUCAAGUCAAUGAGAGCAGCACGAGAUUUUAGUUCAAAAAUGUCUGAUUCCUUAAAGAUUGAGAUGUUCCCAUAUGCUGUAUUUUAUAUGUUCUUCGAGCAAUAUCUCAACAUAUGGAAGACGGCGCUAAUCAACCUAGCUAUCGCUACUGGUGCUGUUUUCAUCGUUUGUCUAGUCAUCACAUGCAGUUUCUGGACUUCAGCAAUUAUUCUUCUUGUCAUGAUAAUGAUCGUGGUGGAUAUCAUGGGUGUAAUGGCAAUUUUGAAAAUUCAACUCAAUGCAGUUUCUGUUGUUAACCUCAUAAUGUCUGUGGGUAUAGCUGUCGAGUUCUGUGUGCAUAUUACACAUGCUUUCUUGGUAAGUAAUGGAGAUAGAAAUCAACGCAUGAAGGAGGCUUUGACGACAAUGGGGGCCUCCGUAUUCAGUGGAAUUACCCUCACGAAGCUCGUUGGUGUGCUUGUUCUUUGCUUUUCGAAGACCGAAGUCUUUGUGGUUUACUAUUUCAAAAUGUAUCUUGCUUUGGUGCUCCUUGGUUUCCUGCAUGGCCUAGUCUUUUUACCUGUACUAUUGAGCAUGUUUGGUCCUCCAUCAAGGUGUAUUCUCGUCGAAAAACAAGAGGAUCGACCAUCAACUUCAUCACAGUUCUAAUCUAAUUCUGGUCUUUUUGUAGGGAAAAUUGG